ACUAUCUUAGCGUUUUUAAAACUGUGUUCAUUAUUUCUGGAUGAACAAUUAAACAAGACGAUUUUGGAGGUGUAAUCUUUCGGGUGGAACUGACUGACAGACAGACGAGGACAUAUACCUACUGGACACAGGGACAGUGUGAUAUACAAGGAGUCGGUAUUAGAGGGAUGAUUAUCUAGCAAGUACUUCACUUUAAACACAGGUAUUUUACCGAACUGUGAGAGGUGUUCACGCCACAGAGGAAAUGUUACUCUACACCAAUGAUGCUUUGUAUCCAGAGAAGGAGAUCGACAACCAUACUUCCUUGGCUGCCUUCCACGCCAAACUUGACCAAGGAGACUUAAGCUACAAAUGUUCCGAGUGUGAGGAGGUUUUCAGCAACAUGGUGACAUUGAAACGCCAUCAGGCAAUGGCAUGCACAAAGCAAGCACAGCAGUUACAUGAUGUCCAUUCUGACCAGUACAGUCGAUCUGAUGAGGAUAGCACAAGUCUUCAUGAAGGAGAUGAUCAUGUUGAGCAAGACUCAAUGGAAGGAGAAUUUAAAUGUGAUGAAUGUCCCAGAAGCUUUCAGUGGAGAUCAAACCUUAUUCGUCACCAGAUAUCCCAUGAUUCAGGGAAACGUUACAACUGCGAAAAUUGCGAUAAAAUUUUCACAGACCCAAGCAACCUUCAGCGCCACAUCCGGGCCCAGCAUGUGGGAGCACGCUGUCACGCAUGCACAGAAUGUGGGAAAACAUUUGCGACCUCGAGUGGUCUGAAACAGCACCAACAUAUCCACAGUAGUGUGAAGCCAUUUCAGUGCGAAGUUUGUCUCAAGGCGUACACACAGUUCUCCAACCUCUGUCGCCACAAGAGGAUGCAUGCUGACUGCCGUCAACAGAUCAAGUGUAAAGAUUGUGGUCAAGCAUUCUCGACAGUCACCUCACUCAGCAAGCACAAGCGAUUCUGUGAGGGAGCUCUCCGCAACGGCAUGCACAUGCCUUUCUCAGCUGACAAGAUCUCACCAAUGAGUUUGCACAGUGCUGGAAAUCCUGCUAGUACAUUAAACCCGGCCUUACUGAUGGGAAUGUACCGUCCUCCCUAUCCAUUUUAUCCUCCACUUGGAGCCUCCUAUCCAGUGUUUCCAGGAUCUCAUCUCCCAUUCGGAUCACUCAACUCACCGAUGUCUCCAUCAAACCCAUCCAAACUUGGCCAUGCCACAAGUCCUGAGGGCAAAGCUUUUAUCCCAAGAGUCUCACCAAGGCCUGUUUCAUCUGAGCCGGAGAUGGUAAAAGAAGAAAGAUUCCGAAAGAACUCUGUUGGGUCAGAACCAAGCGACUCUCCCUUGAGUUCAUCAAGUGAGCAUGACGGCAGUUCAGCUUCAGAUGCUGAAAGUGAAAGUAGUGUGCGUCGUCAUCAGAAACCCAUCUUAAUGGAAUCCCCAAGACCCGCUGGCUAUCUUCCAGCUAAAUUUCCAUCAGAACCUGUCUCCCAAGUAAUGUCUCCACGGUCGCCACCAACCAGAAGUCCGGUAUUGGAGAAGUCCCCUGAGGAACAGGACACCCCAUUUGAUUUGUCAAAAUCAAGCAGAUCAGCAAUGUCCUCACCAGAUUUGCCACUGAAAGAGAAAUCUUCAGAAACACCUGGCGAACAGCCACUAGACCUCACUCAGAAGGUACCAAAAGAGGUCAGUCCAAUUGACACCAGGAAAACACAUGUAUUUGGAGAAAUGAGGUCAGCAUUGGUGAAUCCUGAGUCAUCAAAACUUCACUAUGCAUACCCACAAUUCCCUAAUCAGCUGCUCUUUGAGCAGACGCUGCGAAUGGACAAGGAAAAGCUCAGUCAGUGCCUGCAGGAAAAUGCCAGGUAUAUGCCAUAUACAAGAUUUCCUAUUACAAGCUCUCCAUUCGUAAAUUCUCCCAUCAGUCCAUAUGGAAUGAAGUCUGAAAGCUUAGACAAAACAAUGUCUCCUAUUCUGAAAAUGGACAAAUUCCCAGAGCAAUUUUCAUAUCCUGCCAACAAACUUAAGGAGCGGUAUUCCUGUAAAUUUUGCGGAAAAGUUUUUCCACGUUCGGCUAACUUGACCCGCCAUUUGAGAACACACACUGGCGAACAGCCCUACAAAUGCAAAUACUGCGAACGCUCGUUCAGUAUUUCUUCUAAUCUUCAGCGACAUGUAAGGAACAUUCACAAUAAGGAAAAGCCAUUCAAAUGUCCACUGUGUGAUCGCUGCUUCGGCCAACAGACCAACCUUGAUCGCCACCUGAAGAAGCAUGAAUCUGAAGGUCCAAAUGUGAUAGACUCCCCUAUCAAUGAACCAGAUCUUGAUGAGAAAGACGAGUCUUACUUCUCAGAGAUUCGUAACUUCAUUGGAAAGGCAACCGAUUCUGGUCUGUCCCAUGGAAUUCUGAAUGGUAACAUGCAACAGCAUCCACUUCUUGACCAUCAAGUAGAUCGUACAGACAAACUUGACAUGGCUGAAGAGGAUUCCGACUUGGAUGAAGAAAUGGAAGAAAAUGAUGAACCCGUCAUGAAGAAAAUCUGUCUCAAUCAACAAAUCCUAUCUAAUAACAAUCAGGAAGGGAAGACAACUCCGCUCCACAAUGGUUUCUACAACAACGUUGUUGUACCAGAACGGGAGUUUGUAAACCGUUCUCCUACCCCAACUCAACUGGCUUGUUCGUCAUGAGGGAGGGUUUAAAUGGACAAUAUAAAAAAACAUCUUCAUCUAUUUAUAGACCAAAUAAUCUGUCAUGUGUCAAUAUGCCGUAAUUGCAUUUAUACAUAAAUGUAUAUCAUCUUAAUUUAUUUUUAAAAUUGGCAGUUUAAAACUAUUGCACUAGUCAUGAUAAUUUUUGAGAUUUCUCUGGCUGAACUGACUUUUAUAGAAUCAGAAAAUGUUUGUUAUGAUUUUGGAAUUCAGAACUGAUUGAGUACUUAUCAAUUGAAUGUGAUGCAAAUCUUAUUCAAAUAAUGGACCAAUUCGAAGUAAUUUCAUUCCAUCAGAAUCUAUUUUGUAAGGUUAAAAUUCCAGCUUUUGAAUCUGUUAUUGUUAUGAAAUUGUCUGUAGGGCAGUUUGAUUAGUUAAAUCUUUGUUUGAACAACAUACAUACAUUCCUGUAUUUUGUUAAAUUUGGCUGAAUUUAAAAUACUUUUUUUUUUGAAGUUAAAAGAUAAACACUUGUUAAGACUAUAUUGUUAUUUUUCAGAUAUCAAUUUCAUUCCUGGGUAUUGUGAGUCUCAACUUAAACAAAUUUGUUUAGAAAAAUUGUGUAGAAUUUAUUUUCUUGAGAAUAUUUUUUCUUAUCGUUUUUGACCAGGAUUUUGGAGAGUAAAAUUUACAUAAAUUGUGUUACCUCCCUUUGUUGCUCUCCGUUGUGAAUAGUUUGAAUGAAAUAUCAUAUUUUACCUGUAAGAAGUCCAGAAGAAUUUAUUUUAAAACCACAAAAAGUUGAAAUACAGAAAAUUUUUAUUCAGUAUGGUUUAUUUCUCACCUGUUAAAUAUCGUUAUAUGGAAAUGUUUUCGUUAAUUAUAACAGAACAUGGGCUUAUUACAGGUAAAGUAGGAUUCCAGGAUGUUCAUCUUGAGAUAUGAUACCAAAAUUAGAUACUAUUUGUAAAUAUAUUCUGAAAGCUGCCAUAUAUUUCCGCGAACAGCUGUGAUUGACUCCUCCUGCCAUGUGUACAAACGUAUGUUAAUUUAUAUGUAUAUAAGUGAACUGAUGUUUCUAUUGCCUCAAGUGAAGGACCAAAUUUCAAAUGUAAAUUUGUCGUAUAUUUGUGUAUAUAUAUUAUCACCGUUUCACUGUAUCAUGAGUGUACCCACAAGCUGUUCCACAUGCAGCUAGCUUUGUUUGCUCCACAUCAUUUUUUUCAGUAAAUUUUUUUUAGAUAUAUUUUGUGUUUUUUGAAAAUGGAUCCAUCAGGAAUUCCUUUGGGUCUCUAAUAUCAUGUUGGUUACAUUUUUUUUUGUGUCCUUUGAUCAAAAGGAUAUACUAUUAAGUGCUGUUGUCAGAGUGUAUAUAUAUAUAUAGAGAGAUUUUUUUUAUUAUAGUUUAAAUUUGCUAUGGUGCUUUUUUUUCAGAAAUGACUUUUUUUUGCAUGUCUGAUUUUGGCUUAUAUAGUAAAAUUAUUUUGUGAAUAAGUCUCAUUUCAACAGAAUUGAAAAGAAGAAAAUUAACAUAUAACUUCAACGUAAAAUUAAAGAAUCACUAUUU